AUGUUUGAUAUUGUGUAUAUCCCAUCAAAAGGCAACGAACAACCGGAAACACUCAAUAUAUACGGAGUACCUUUUGAAUUGAGAACAGAGAGGAAAUGGUUUUGGAUAAUACCUCGCGUAUGUCUCGGGGUUACGGCCAGUGUUGUAAUUGGAGUGACACUGAUCGUCUUCGUCGAUGGUAUAAUUUUAAAUGUUAUUUAUCUUCCUCCAAAUGAAAACUGUCCAAAAGAUAGUGAUAUGGACUGUUAUUCGACAUCUGGUAAUAACAGCUACUUCUACUGUAAUUCAUCUGACACUUUUAUUCCGACGUCUCUGGGCAGCGUCACUUGCUACCGAUGGUUUAAGAAAGGGAUCUCGACUCUUGAAAUUCUUGAACAAAUCGGACUGUGUGCUGGACUUAUUCAAGUAUUCAAUUGGAUCGUGAACUUGUACUUACGACUGUUACUCUAUAGUUACACGUGCUGUACUCAAACGACUAUUUCAUGCUGUAGUCAUAUGUAUCUUGCUUGGAUCAGUACUACUUUUGCAUUUUUGGGCCCAUUAAUUGCUUUAGGAAUUCUAGGUGCCCGCGAAGUUGGCGUUACAGGAUUGACAAUGGCCGUCUUGAGCUGCACAUCGUUCAUUGUGCUUAUGAUGUUGAUUUUAAUUUGGGCAUGGAAAAUAAAUGCAUAUUUUGUGAGAGCAGCAGAAAUUUCAAAUCAAAAAGUUGUACUAAAAUCUAAUGAAGUGGCUGUUAUUUCCGUUCAGCUAUAA